UGAUGUCACAACAAUUUCGUCUACUCCCACAACAACAGAGUCUGGAGCAACAACAACAGUUGCUGCCACCACAACCACUCCUGCUAAAAUAUCUACCACAUCUGGUCCCACAACACCAACAGAAGCUGUCACAACAAUUUCAUUAACCCCCACAACACCAGCUGUUCAAACAACAACAUCACCUGAUCUCACAUCAAUGUCAACUACACCCAUCAACACAGGGGCUACCACAACAACAGGUUCUCCAACAGAAACCACAUCUGUUCCCUCAAUGACCACAACAGCUCUACCAACAACAACAGCGUUUGGAACAACAGGUUUUACAGAAACAGCAUUCACACCUGCUGAUAUGACUACCACAUCUGGUCCCAUAACCACAUCAGCUUCUGUCACAACAAUUUCAGAAAAUCCCACAACAACAUCUGUUGCAACAACAACAUCACUUGAUGUCACAACAAUUUCUUCUACUCCCACAACAACAGAGUCUGGAGCAACAACAACAGUUGCUGCCACAACAACCACUCCUGCUAAAAUAUCUACCACAUCUGGUCCCACAACACCAACAGAAGCUGUCACAACAAUUUCAUUAACCCCCACAACACCAGCUGUUCAAACAACAACAUCACCUGAUCUCACAUCAAUGUCAACUACACCCAUCAACACAGGGGCUACCACAACAACAGGUUCUCCAACAGAAACCACAUCUGUUACCUCAAUGACCACAACAGCUCUACCAACAACAACAGCGUUUGGAACAACAGGUUUUACAGAAACAGCAACCACACCUGCUGAUAUGACUACCACAUCUGGUCCCAUAACCACAUCAGCUGCUGUCACAACAAUUUCAGAAAAUCCCACAACAACAUCUGUUGCAACAACAACAUCACUUGAUGUCACAACAAUUUCUUCUACUCCCACAACAACAGAGUCUGGAGCAACAACAACAGUUGCUGCCACCACAACCACUCCUGCUAAAAUAUCUACCACAUCUGGUCCCACAACACCAACAGAAGCUGUCACAACAAUUUCAUUAACCCCCACAACACUAGCUGUUCAAACAACAACAUCACCUGAUCUCACAUCAAUGUCAACUACACCCAUCAACACAGGGGCUACCACAACAACAGGUUCUCCAACAGAAACCACAUCUGUUCCCUCAAUGACCACAACAGCUCUACCAACAACAACAGCGUUUGGAACAAUAGGUUUUACAGAAACAGCAAACACACCUUCUGAUAUGACUACCACAUCUGGUCCCAUAACCACAUCAGCUGCUGUCACAACAAUUUCAGAAAAUCCCACAACAACAUCUGUUGCAACAACAACAUCACUUGAUGUCACAACAACUUCUGCUACUCCCACAACAACAGAGUCUGAAACAACAACAACAGUUGCUGCCACAGCAACCACUCCUGCUAAAAUAUCUACCACAUCUGGUCCCACAACACCAACAGAAGCUGUCACAACAAUUUCAUUAACCCCCACAACACCAGCUGUUCAAACAACAACAUCACCUGAUCUCACAUCAAUGUCAACUACACCCAUCAACACAGGGGCUACCACAACAACAGGUUCUCCAACAGAAACCACAUCUGUUCCCUCAAUGACCACAACAGCUCUACCAACAACAACAGCGUUUGGAACAACAGUUUUUACAGAAACAGCAACCACACCUGCUGAUAUGACUACCACAUCUGGUCCCAUAACCACAUCAGCUGCUGUCACAACAAUUUCAGAAAAUCCCACAACAACAUCUGUUGCAACAACAACAUCACUUGAUGUCACAACAAUUUCUGCUACUCCCACAACAACAGAGUCUGGAGCAACAACAACAGUUGCUGCCACCACAACCACUCCUGCUAAAAUAUCUACCACAUCUGGUCCCACAACACCAACAGAAGCUGUCACAACAAUUUCAUUAACCCCCACAACACCAGCUGUUCAAACAACAACAUCACCUGAUCUCACAUCAAUGUCAACUACACCCAUCAACACAGGGGCUACCACAACAACAGGUUCUCCAACAGAAACCACAUCUGUUCCCUCAAUGACCACAACAGCUCUACCAACAACAACAGCGUUUGGAACAACAGGUUUUACAGAAACAGCAACCACACCUGCUGAUAUGACAACCACAUCUGGUCCCAUAUCCACAUCAGCAGCUGUCACAACAAUUUCAGCAAAUCCCACAACAACAUCUGUUGCAACAACAACAUCACUUGAUGUCACAACAAUUUCUUCUACUCCCACAACAACAGAGUCUGGAGCAACAACAACAGUUGCUGCCACCACAACCACUCCUGCUAAAAUAUCUACCACAUCUGGUCCCACAACACCAACAGAAGCUGUCACAACAAUUUCAUUAACCCCCACAACACCAGCUGUUCAAACAACAACAUCACCUGAUCUCACAUCAAUGUCAACUACACCCAUCAACACAGGGGCUACCACAACAACAGGUUCUCCAACAGAAACCACAUCUGUUCCCUCAAUGACCACAACAGCUCUACCAACAACAACAACGUUGGGAACAACAGUUUUUACAGAAACAGCAACCACACCUGCUGAUAUGACAACCACAUCUGGUCCCAUAACGACACCAGCUGCUGUCACAACAAUUUCUGCAAAUCCCACAACAACAUCUGUUGCAACAACAACAUCACUUGAUGUCACAACAACUUCUGCUACUCCCUCAACAACAGAGUCUGAAACAACAACAACAGUUGCUGCCACAUCUGUUCCGGGCUACCACAACAACAGGUUCUCCAACAGAAACCACAUCUGUUCCCUCAAUGACCACAACAGCUCUACCAACAACAACAGCGUUUGGAACAACAGGUUUUACAGAAACAGCAACCACACCUGCUGA